CUCAAUUUUAUAUAACGAAGAAGUGCGUCUUCUUAAUUUAAAAUGAAAUUUUGGUGCUUAUACGUGUUCAAAAAUGUUCUACUUGACUAAACUUAAAAAUUUGAAUAAACUUAACAAUCGUGUGUUAUCAGAUUAUUUUUAUAAGCAAUCAAAAUGCUGUUUUUCGAGUGAUGACGGUCCAUUAAGUGUUCUUAAAAGAAAAUACGACAGCAAUGAGCUGAAGCAUGACGACCAUCAGAUGAAAAUUGCACAAGAACUGCAAAGGAUUUAUGAGCAAAUCCACAGCUAUCAUCCACCAGAUAUCAUUCCAUCAUCAUCAAAUAAUAAUGUCUUAACAAAGUGGUUGCCAUUUAUGAACCAGCCCAAAAAUCGACUAGAUCCAUCGAAAAGACUUCAAGGGUUGUAUAUUUAUGGAUCGGUAGGAGGUGGCAAAACAAUGUUAAUGGAUAUGUUUUUCGAUUGUUGUGAAAAUAUAACACACAAGACACGUGCACAUUUUAAUUCGUUCAUGACCGACGUUCACAAAGAAAUUCACCGCAUCAAACAGCAGCAAUAUCGCGAAACUGGUGCAAAGAGCAAUGUUCUUAGGCCUUUUGAUCCUAUCACACCUGUGGCUCAAAUCAUCAAGAAGAAAGCUUGGCUCAUCUGUUUUGAUGAAUUUCAAGUUACAGACAUUGCUGAUGCAAUGAUACUUAAACGUCUAUUCACAAAACUAUUCGAUUAUGGUGUUGUGGUGAUUGCUACAAGCAAUAGAAAACCUGAUGAUCUUUACAAAGGUGGUUUACAACGAAGCAACUUCGUUCCGUUCAUUCCGAUACUUAAAAAUCAUUGUCAAGUAGCUCAGCUAGAUUCUGGAAUCGAUUAUCGUUCAACGAAUAAAGGAGUCGGAGAGCAUUAUUUUGUCGACGCUGCAAAAUUCAAAUUUGAAAACGAUGAUGACUCUGAAGCAGACUGUCAAAUUGAUGUAAUAUUCAAAGUUUUAUGCUCACAAGAAAAUGACAUCAUUAGACCCAAGACAAUUACUCAUUUUGGACGUAACAUCACAUUUGAGAAAACUUGUGGACAAAUUUUGGACACAACAUUCGAUGAGAUUUGUUGUCGAGAUUUCGGUGCCAGUGAUUAUGUACAAUUGGCUCAGUACUUCCAUACAAUUAUCAUUCGUUAUGUCCCACAACUUAAUUUUAAGAGAAAAAAUCAAGCUCGAAGAUUUAUUACCCUUAUUGAUUCUCUUUAUGACAAUAGAGUGAGAGUUGUUGUCUCUGCCGAAGUACCUCUCAAGUUCUUAUUCUCUGAUGAGAAGCCCUCUGAUAUUUACUUACAAGAUGAAAACAGAGCACUUAUGGAUGACCUAGCAUUAUCGUCAGAUUCUGCUGACUUAUCUGCCAACGUCUUUACAGGCGAGGAAGAACUGUUUGCAUUUGAACGCACAAAGUCGAGAUUGAGGGAAAUGCAAACAGCUGAAUAUUGGCAACUUUGGGAAAAAUGGAAGUAAUAUCCAUAAUUCCUUUCGAAUAUUAAUUUCUUAAUUUUUUCUGUGUUCAUAUCAAGAUUAUGAAAAACCUUAAAAUGUUUAUUUUAAUGCAAUAAAAUCUUCUGAAAGAAUGAAUUAUUUUGCUUGGUGCUGGG